AGCAGCAGCAGCAGCAAACGAAGAAGAAGGAGGAGGAGCAGGAGGAUAUAUUUAGUAGACCAGUGUUUUACACUAUUUAAUAAAGAUGUCUGUUGAUCUGGAUCAGACACCCCGGUCUCUGCUGGUCUGCGACCAGUCCAGUUUCCUGGACGAGAAGAACCGGGUCAGUUCUCAGGUGGAACAACUGCACUUUAACUACAAGGUGUCUGUGCUGCUUCCUGAGUGUAGCUCCACCCCCUCUCACCUGGAUUCUGUAUUAAACAGUUUCAGCAGUUUCUAUCUGAUCAGGAAACUGCCCAUAUAUGAAUUGCUGGACAAACACUUCCUGGAGACCUCAGUGUACCAGGGGAGCGUGUAUGGUCUGUCAUACAGGACCAGGAUAGAUGAAGAUAACUGUGUCGCUCUGACGCCAGACGGUCGUCUGUUUCUGUCUCUGGACAAAGACUCCUUCCAGGUGUUGGGAGUUGAGGGGAAACCAUCCAGGUUCAACCACAGGACAAACAGCAGAUUUGUAGUAUCUAUCGACCUGACUGACAGCAGCAUGGCACCUGGUGGGCGAAGCUACCAGAGACUCCUCACAGGUCUGAGGUCACGACUUCACCUGAAGACAGACUUCCUGCUGUCACACCAUCCAGGGGGCGGAGCUUCUUUGCAGCCCCUCCUGUCUCGUUAUGAUUGGUCAGAGCACAGACCUGAGGUCAGCAGUCACACUCUGACACACUUGUCCAGUCCCGACCUGCAGUCAUGUGACCCUCACAGCUUCCUGGAGUGGCUCGGAGCUGUGGAUGCCAACAUCAGCUGCGAGAACUUGUCCAGCAGCUUCCUGUCCUCGCUGGUGUGUCCAGAACCAAAAACGACGCUGAGUCGAUCGCUGAGAGUCACCAUCUGUGGAAUGCUGCUUCCCCAGGAUGUACACCGGCUCAUCCAGGAGAUCAGGUGUUACCUGGAACAGCCUCGGUUAGAGUCCUGGGUGUCCAUGACAGUUCAUGGUUUUGUUGACAGUCCGAUAUCAUGGGGGGUCCAUGAACACGGAGUCUUAAGAGGAGGAGAGAACUUCUACAGCCUGCUACUGUUCCAUGAUCACACCUACCGCCUCCACCUGGCCACAGGAGCACAUGACACCUGUCCACCAUGAGGAUGACAGCUGUCACAGGCAUUUCAGUGUCACGCUGUUUGUUCUUACUUUUAGGUCAAUCAGGUUUUGUUGUAGAAACCUGUUUCAGAUCAGUUCAGAAAAUUAGUCAAUGUGCACAAAGGUUUUGAAUUUGAGUUCAGAUGUUUUUUUUUGUUUUUUUACUGGCUUUGGUCUAAAUUAGAUAAAAACACUGAUCCCUGAGUUGGGUUUGUAUGUGGACUUUAAAAAGAUCACAGGAAGUUUGAAUGAAGAAAGACACAAAAAUACCAAAGCUGUGAUGUCAAAGGAACACACCUGAACAGGUGAGCUACUUCGGUCAGGACAGAGCAAUGAAACAGAGACGCAAGAUUUACACUUGGUCUUAUUUUUGACAUACAAUGAGUAUUAAUAGUACAUGUUUACCACAGUUAAUUAAAAUGAAUGAGGCAGAGAGAGAGAUGCUGUUGUGUUGCCAUCUAAAUGAGCUGCAGAUGCAUCCGUUCUGCUGGGAAACAACUAAACCGCUGCAGAAGCAUGCUGAGCUUCUGGACAUCAAACUGCCAAAUCAACAAAAUUUUUAGUUUAGUUUUUAAAGUAAUAUCAAGCUUAAAUGUUUAAAGCCAGCAUCAGUUUAAGAUGAAACCAAACCAGAACCAUUUUCUAUGGAAACAUGAAGCCUCACAGCUGAUUUUAAUUUAAAUUAAGAACCCUUAAAGUUUAUCUAGACAAACUUGAGACAGGAAGAUUUAUAUUGAUCUCAGUUACAGGUUGCACCAAGAGGAGAUUGUAACUUCAUCCUCACAACAAAUCAGGUUUACUCCAAGUCGGGUCACAUCCCCCUGACUCUGAAACGUGUCCUUUACCUCGACAUCAUGGGGACAUCUUCUGAUAGAGACAUAGCUUUAAAACAAACAAAAGUGAUGUCUUGCUGGUGUCCUCGAUGUCUGCAGUUUGACUGAAAAAUAUAUGACCAACCAACCAAUUAAGUAAGUUUGAGACUUGAGGAGAUAAACUGUUAGCAUGUGCAGUCUGUGGGGCCCCAGGCCUCAAAUUGAGAUCUUAUCAGAAUGAUGUUUUUGUUGACUGAGCUCCGGUUAUUGGUUAUUAAUAAAAUCAUGGCAAAUGUU